GCACACUGCAGUCAGAUGAAACCGCACACAAACGACAUGAAAAGGCCACACUGACCCGACCACAAAUAACACAGCCCUCACGAGCCCCACGACACACAAUCCCUCCCGCCCCCCCCCCACCCCCACCUGCUUCCUUCCUCCCUGCCAGCGAAAAAAUAGAACACUUACACCAGAAAACCCUCUCGGGCCCUCCCCCCACCCUAAGGGCCCGGCCGGGGCGGACGCGCGGACAUGGAGUGGGACCCCUGACCACACACCACUCCUUUGGGUCCCUCAAAGGGAGAACAAGAAACAGAGAAGCGAGAAAGGGCAAAGAGGGAAGGAGACACACAUACACCCACACCAGCGUAAACACUACACAAGGACGCAAAAGCAACAGCACACCCCAAACCACAACACGAAACAACUGCUCACAACCAACACCGAAACCCACAGCUAUAACAAGAGCAACCAAGACAAGACAUAGACCAGUAAAGGAGAGGGUAUCGGACCUGAACCACACCUACUGA